GAGUUUUGUUGAUGUGUACAAGUGUCAACAAGUGAGUGCCGUUAAACGCCAAAAAAAAACACAGAGAAAAUGUAUUAAGAAAGACGCACUGUGAAUAUCAUAAACAUUCCAAAGUCAAAAUUCAAUCGAAACAUUCGGCUAAUUGGAAAAUAAUGACUGAGAUUGGUUGGCAAACAUUGAGAUUUGUGUGUAAAUUAUAAAAUGGAUUCGGAAGUGAGAAAGCGAAAAAAUCGUAAUAUCAUCAGUGGUGAAUCGAAAAAUGUGACGAAAAAACCAGAAGAAUCUAGGCCGUCUAACGAUGAUCGAUCAUCCGAUAUAAAUGAAAGUGAUUCAGAACGUAUUGAAAGUAUCCAAUCGGAUGGAAAAAGCAUCACAAGCGUAUCACAACCGUUGAUACCAGCAGCAAAUGGAGCAAAAAUCGCUAAUUUACCAGAAAUUGCCAUACCGCACAAAUUUCGAAUUACAUUCGAAAUCGAUGUUAUAUCGAUUACACUGUUUGUUGUUGCACUGUGUACGCGAUUCUAUCGACUUAGUGAACCGAACAACAUCGUAUUUGAUGAGCUACACUAUGGCAAAUAUGUGUCAUUGUACUUGAAACGAACGUUCUUCUUCGAUCAGCAUCCACCACUGGGGAAACAAUUGAUAUCUGCUGUUGCCAAUUUCGUUGGAUACAAUGGAAACUUCACCUUUUCCCAAAUUGGAACCGAAUACACGGAGAAUGUUCCAAUUUUCUGGCUUCGUUUUGUUCCAGCGUUGUGCGGUAGUCUUCUGGUACCAAUCGUAUAUCAGUUACUUCGUCAAUUGAAAUUGAGUGUGUGGACAGCAACUUUAGGCGGUGUGCUGAUCAUCAUUGAAAAUUCACUGGUUACCCAGUCGCAAUUCAUUCUCAUGGAACCGAUGCUGUUGAUGUUUUCCAUACUUGCGAUUUUACUGUUGUUAAAAUAUCAACAAUGUUAUGACCAACUCACCGAAACCACUUCAAUACCCGAUCGAUUUGAUUUGAUCGUGUCAAUGUUACUGUACGGAGUUCUGUCUGCAAUUUGCUUCACCUGUGCACUGUGCAUCAAGUAUGUGGCAAUUUAUUCGUGUUUGCUGGGCAUGUUCAUUGGAUUGUCGCAAGUGUGGCAAAUGCUGGGCAGUCGUCAGAAUACCAACAUUUCGAUUGCAUUGCAAGUGAUCUUCCGUUCGUUGGUGUUUGUUGCCGUUCCAAUUGCAGUGUAUUUAGCGGUGUUUUGGAUUCAUUUGGCUGUGUUGAACAAAGCCGGCCCGCAUGACAGCGUGAUGACAAGUGCAUUCCAGGCAUCCCUUGAGGGUGGGCUGGCAUCAAUUACCAAAGGUCAACCAUUGAAUGUGGCACAUGGCUCACAAAUCACGUUGCGACACACCCAUGGACGCACUUGUUGGCUUCAUUCUCAUGCACACGUCUAUCCCGUUCGAUACGCGGACAAACGUGGCUCAAGUCAUCAGCAGCAAGUAACGUGUUAUAGUUUCAAAGAUGUCAACAAUUGGUGGAUAGUGAAACGGGCUAACAAAGAUGAUUUGGUCGUUGAAAAUGAUGAAGUUGAUGUGAUUAAACAUGGCGAUGAGAUUCAACUAAUCCACGGCAUUACCAGCCGAGCCUUGAAUUCACAUGAUGUUGCUUCUGCGGUGACACCACAAAGUCAAGAGGUUUCAUGCUACAUCGACUACAACAUAUCGAUGCCGGCACAAAAUCUAUGGAAGGUUGACAUCCUUAACAAAGCCAGCGAAGGCAAUGAUUGGCACACAAUUAAAUCACAUGUACGUUUCAUUCACAUUGUCACUGGAGCAGCAUUACGUUUCAGCGGGCGUCAAUUACCUGAUUGGGGUUUUAAUCAGCAUGAAAUUGUUGCCGACCGAAACAUCGAUCACAUGGACUCUGUUUGGAAUGUGGAAGAACAUCGAUAUACAAAAACGGCCGAUCAACGCGAACGUGAGCGUCAAAUGGUCAAAGCUGAAAUGAUUCCAACCAAACCGACGAGUUUAACAUUCUUUGAGAAAUUCAUGGAGAUUCAAUUCAAAAUGUUAUGGCCAUCGGCAUCGGAAGCGGUACAAACUCAUAUGUACAGUUCCGAACCGCUUGACUGGCCAUUGAUGAGCAAAGGGAUCGCUUAUUGGGUGGACAAAAAUUCCAACGCUCAAAUCCAUUUGCUCGGAAACGUAGCGACGUGGUACUCAGGUGUGGCAUCUCUUCUACUCUAUGUCACACUUUUGAGCAUUUAUUUACUUCGACGUCGCCGAUUUUGUUACGAUAUCGACGAACACACUUGGGUACAAUUCAAUCGAUGCGGUGAAAUACUCUUCGCAGGCUACCUCCUUCAUUUUUUGCCGUACUUUUUCGUCGAACGUACAAUGUUUUUACACAAUUACUUGCCGGCUUUAGUAUUUAAGAUAAUGUUAUUGUGCUUCAUGAUUGAACACAUCCACGAUGUGGUGCGGCAACUUUUUAAAUCCGAAAAAAUCACUUUGUACUAUCGCAUCGGUAUUUGUGUUUGGCUCGUUGGCACUUUUUAUGUCUUCCAGAAGUUUUCAGUACUCACGUACGGACUACUUCAAAUCGACGGUCAUGCCAUCACAGCUGAUGAUGUAAUCGCUCUGCGAUGGAAAGAUACUUGGGAUUUUAUUAUACACAAAGAACUCUCUUAGAAGAAAAACGAACAAAAAAAAACAAAGUUAACAAAACACGGAAUGAAAUACUCAUGGUUGUAGACUUUAAGAUGACAACUUUUUUAUAUUUCUUGUACUUAAAUAUUUAUAUGCGUCUCAAAAAAAAAAUAGAUCUUAUUUUGAAUAAAAGGUUAUGAGUAACCAAAACAAAUUUUACAAACAGACAAA